AUGGGGAAUUGCUGCGGAAAAAGCGAGCAUGAGGCCGCAUUCCAAGGCGAAGGACGAACACUCAACGCUACACCAGCUACAAUUCCUUCUGCGUCGAAAAAUGGACGAUCUGCUGCUGCCUUCAAAGUCGGCGGGCCGGGACGAACACUCGGCAGCACUUCAGCAGGUCAGCCUGCGACGCCUGGUGAAGCUGCCGCACGAGCCGCAGAGCAACGAUUGAACUYUCCUAAAGGUGGCAAGCUUCAGCAACAACUGAAUGCACAGAAAUCUCAGACACACAAUGAGACGUUAGCUCAGACUGCCAGGGAGAAUCUGGCGGCCCGUAAUGCUGAUGCCAACGCGGAAGCAAGGAAUCACAAUUAG